UCUGGCGGGCUGGCGCCGAAAAGGAUGAAGGGCUUCCUCGGCUUGUUUUUGGGCUACUUGGCGGCGGACCUGCUGAGCCUCUGGUGCCGAGCGCAGGAGCGAUCCGGGCAACACUUGGGCAGCAUCGUGAUGCUCUCCGGGGGCAACCAGAGCCGUCUCGGGGAGCAGCAGCAGCAGCAACAGCCGCCGCCCCCGGCGCAGGUGGAAGCCUCGGAGGCGCCGCCGACCCCGGAGGAGUGCCGGGGCUACUUCGACGUGAUGGGCCAGUGGGACCCGUCCUUCAACUGCAGCGUGCGGGAGUACCCUUUCUGCUGCGGGACCUGCGGGUUCCGCUUCUGCUGCAAGUACGUCAAGGGCCGCCUGGAUCAGGACGUGUGCACCAACUACAUCAAGCCCCCCUGGCUGAACGGGCGCAAGACCCCCAACCGCCCCGUCGACCCCUCCCACGACCCCACCCGCGACAAGACCAACCUCAUCGUCUACAUCAUUUGCGGGGUGGUCGCCGUCAUGGUGAUGGUGGGCAUCUGCACCAAACUGGGCUUGGAGAAAGCGCAUCGACCUCAGCGGGAGCGCAUGUCCAGAGCUCUGGCUGAUGUUAUGCGUCCAGAAGCUCCGUGCACAACAGAUCAUAUGGACAGAGAUCUCAACAUUGUGGUUCAUGUACAACAUUAUGAGAACAUGGAGACAAGACCGCCUCCGAAUAAUUUGCAUGCGACACAAAUGAACAAUGCAGUGCCUGCAUCGCCACUUCUCCCACAGCUGACACAUCCACAUUCAUACCCAAGCAUGGGACAGAUCACAAAUCCAUAUGAACAGCAGCCACCGGGAAAGGAGCUGAACAAGUAUGCAUCCCUAAAAGCAGUAGCUGACAAGGGCAGUGAUGACUUCUACUCAAAACGGCGCCAUCUUACAGACCUGGCUACGAAAGGGAACCUGCCACUACACCCAGUGCGGGUUGAGGACAACCGACCGUACAUCCUUGAAGGUGGUACGAUGAAACAAAAUGGGCACAAAUCGAAAGCCACAAAGCCACACAUGCACCCUUUAGCUUACAAAACCUGGGACCCUAGCGAUCAGUCCCUCCGACGCCAAGCCUAUGCAACCAAAGGGAGAAACCUCGUGGGGGAUCCCACCCUGAGCGACCCAUUGACGACACAGAGUCAGCAUUACUUACCCACUCAGCCAUACUUCAUUACUAACAGCCAGACAGAAGUGACUGUCUGAGGUUGAGUCUCUUUUACUCCCUCUUUCUUUCCUUCUUUUUUUUUUUAAAGAUCCACUCUGGGGAAACAAAACAAAACAAACAGAACUGGAAGAUGCAAAAAAAAAAUUUGACAGUGAUGGUGAUGCGUAAAUAAAGGUGAUGCAUAAUUAAAACUCAAAACAGGGAGAGAUAGACAUCCUUAGUUGAUGAGAGAUAGACAGUCCUAUUCAGGGUAGCCAGCUAUAAACUGAAGAUUGGGUUAGCGCUAUAUAGCAAUACACUGAAGGUUGUUCAAACUCCAUUUGAAUGUUAUGCUGGAAAUCAGUCUCUCUCCUCCCUCCCUCUCUCCCUCUCUCCCUCCCUCUGUCCUUCUCCAAAUUCAAAUCCAUGAAGAGAAAUAGCACAAUUUAGAGACACCAUCUGUCUGCUAAAGAACUCUUUCCAUGAUGUUCCCGGCUUGAUGCAAGCAGGGGCACAAAGACAUACUGAAAAAUACUGUUACGGUCAGGACACUUUUCGUACAUAUUUUGAGAUUAAUCCUGUUCAUAAACCUGCUGAGGAGGAAAAAGCUGAAACAAAGAGCAAAACAUCGUGAUAGAAAUUUUAAUGCUUAUCGUCAACAUUUUUGGUACCAUCGCUAUCAAAGAUCCAAGCAAAAAAUAUAUGCAUACGUAGAGGAAAGAGAAGAAGACUCAAGCAAAGUCUAGGAAGACUGUUACUAUUAUAAGCAUAUGGAGACUUUCUAGUUCGUGGGGAAUAUGGACAGGCUGGCUUUUGUUUCGGUUCAAUGACACACAUUUUUCAGGAUUUUCAUGUUGGUGGGAAAAAUAGAAGAAUAACAAUGAGGACGAGCAUUCCUCUCACCCUGAUCAGAACCGCCCCUUUUCAUGGGCACACAGCAAGCAUAGCUGCUUAUCAUCCUGCGGCUUCUUUUAACUCUCCCUCUCCACCUCAAUUUUCAAUUACUUUGGACUGAAGAUACAUACGUGUGGGUGGUGCCUUUAUUGUAUUACUAAUGUUCGAUGACAGUCUUGUUUUCAAGUGAAACUUGUAUCAGAGUCUUUCCUCAUGUUUACAGGCAGCUCAGCCAGUCCCAUGUCCCCUCAUUCAUUUUUUUUCCUGAGAACAAUCCCAUCCCAAGUUUCAUUGUUUUGUUGUGGUUCCACACAGCUUGCCCAGAGGUUGCAUUCCUGCCUUGACUCUUUUUUUCCAUUGAAGUGUAUGUUUCUAGCCUCAGUUUGUCCUCAAGACACACAUGCCAUGUUCACAUUUAUGAAGUUAUUCCUUUGUAAACUGUUCCCUCCCUGUCACCGUCUCUCUCUCUCUCACUCUCUCUUUCUUCACAGCUCCCCCCCUAUUGUUAAUCCUUCUUUUACAGGUCCACGUAGUUUAAGUGGUUUUUUUGGGGGGCACACAUGCUACAAU